UGUCUCCCUUCAGACACUGUCCGUUUCCAGCGACGACUGCAAUGCAACUGAACAACCUGGUGUCGGCAAGGUAACCGUUUUAGCAUCAACACAGUAUGGGCGUCUCUGAGAGCGCGAGCCCCAAAUGACCCCUUCGGCAGGGCUACAUGGCAUGGUCGUGAGACAAGACGGCCUUCAUCCCAAGUUUCAUGCCGGAGUCCCUUUCCUCAGCCGCCUGCUCCAGCUUGACGUCGCCAAGGGACUUUAAAGACGGGGCCGCAUGGCGUUUAACAAUGCCUCGUUUUCCCACCCACUCAUCCGUCUGUGACUUCUUCUUCGUGUUGGGGAUCUUUUUCUCAAUUUUUUUGAGGGUUACGUUCCUUUCUUCUUCCUUCCUCUCAAACUUCUCUUCUCCCAGGCUACGUUGAACGUGUCUGUUUCUUCGUCUUAAUCCACCGCCAGUCGGAGUCCAUUCUUUUUUUCGUGCACGCAGUCUUCACACGUCGUCAUGCGUUUCUCAACUCUUUUGCCGUUGCUGCUUGCGGCUGGUGUGGCCAAUGCCCAGUUCAGGAGGUUCGGUGGGAACGGUCAGAAUCGUGGCGGCCAGAAUGGUCAGAACGGCCAGAACGGUCAGAACGGUCAGAAUGGUCAGAAUGGUCAGAACGGUCAGAACGGACAAAACGGCCAGAAUGGGCAGAACGGUCAGAAUGGCCAAAAUGGUCAGAAUGGCCAAAAUGGUCAGAAUGGCCAGAACGGAGGCAAUAACAACAACAACGGUGGAAACAAUAACAACAAUAACAACAACGGAGGCAAUAACGGCAACAACCCGCUCUGUCUGCUGGCCGAGAACGUCCAGGAUGCCAGCAAUAAGGACGGUCUGGGAGAUGGUGCUGAGCCGGGACAGUCCCCAUCUCAAACUGACCCCGCCAACUUCAUCAACGUCUGCACAGGCAAGACCAAGACGAAUGGUCUACAGAUCCAGCAAGGCUCCUGCAACGGUGUCGCCAUGGGAGACAUCCCCGCCUCCAACCGCAUGGUCUCCGCCGUCAUCGUCAGCCCUGCCAACGGCGAAGUCAUCCCCGAAGGCCAAUCCAUCGACUUCAAAGUCCGCAUCGCCAACCUCGUCGCCGGCUCCUUCACCAACCCCGACAACACCUACUACGCCGCUCCCCAGGCCCUCCAAGGCGGGCGCGUCGUCGGCCACACCCACUUCACUGUCCAGGACAUCGGAAACGACGAUAAGCCUCAGCAACCUCUUGAUGCUCAGACCUUCGCCUUCUUCAAGGGUGUCAACGACGCUGGCAACGGUAAUGGCGAACUGUCGGCCACGCUGGCCGAGGGUCUCGCUGCCGGUAAUUACCGUGCUUGCACCAUGACGUCUUCCAGCACCCAUCAGCCUGUGAUUAUGCCUGUUGCUCAGCGUGGCGCUCAGGAUGAUUGCAUCAGGUUCGUUGUUAGUAACAAUGGCGGCAACAAUGGAGGCAACAACGGUGGUAACAAUGGCGGCAACAACGGUGGCCGGGGCGGUCAGGGCGGCCAAGGUCAAGGUCAAGGUCAAGGUCAAGGUCAAGGUCAAGGUCAAGGUCAGGGUCAAGGUCAGGGUCAAGGAGGACAGGGCGGACAAGGUGGACAGGGUGGACAAGGAGGACAGGGCGGCCAAGGAGGACAAGGCGGACAAGGUGGACAAGGAGGCCAGGGAGGUCAGCAAGCCGGUCAAGGACAGAACGGCACACAAGGCGGACAAGGUGGUCGCGGAGGCUUUGGCCGGGGCAGGGGACGCGGACGGUUCGGCCGCAAGAAGUUCGCUGCCCGUGACUUCGUCGCUUAGAGCCGCCAACCGUCUACGCAUACUGGUCAACCAUACCGUCGUUGGGCCCAUCAUCGGCGCCGUUGGGAUUGCGGAAAGGUCGAAAGAGACAAGGGGUUCACAGCAUCACAAGGGACGACAAGCAUCGAUAUCGCAUGUAUGUGGAGAAAGUAAUGGCAAGGUGUGGGCACGAAAGGGAAGGCAAACGAGAUUUUUCUCCGAAGAGGGUGGUGGGUUGUUUCGAAGUUUUUUAGUAUGAGGGGUUUAUUUUGGUUGUUCUGUCUGUUGGUCAUAGAAGAAGAAGAGAGAGUCCCUUUCUCCGCCCAUGUACACAGUAACUAACUACAUUUGUCCUGCGAUACCCUCCGGGAAGAGGGGAAGCGGAUUUCUUGAAUCGUCAUAACGACUUGUAAACGUACAGAGAGAGAGAAUUGAGAUAUUUUGAC